UCAGUUUUCCUUCUUUUUCUUCCCUUUCUUUUCUUUUUCCUUGAUGAUGUCAAUUGACUUCUAUCCAUCCAGGAAACAAAAUUGCUGAGCGGAAAAAAUGGCCGCUCAAGCUCUCUGGACACCCUCAAUUACUACUGCUUCUCGUUUCCUCCAACCCCAUUCUGAAAGCUCAACCCAAUUUCUUGUUACCCCAAACGUACUGAAACAGUCUCUACAAUGUCCAUGGCUGGGCAGAACCAUCCAGCUCUCAAUUCAUUCGGUUAAUCAGAGACCCUUUACUCCAAAACGUCCGAAUAUCAAAGCCACCGUUGUUUUCAGCUUGCCCACAUCGAAUCCGGAGAGGGUUGCUUCCACUGAGAAAGUUCCCAAAUGGUCUUCGAAGGCAAUCAAGGCAUUUGCUAUGUCCGAAUUGGAGGCAAGGAAGCUCAAGUAUCCGACUACUGGAACUGAAGCUCUUAUUAUGGGAAUCUUGAUUGAGGGAACAAACUUUGCUUCAAAAUUUUUGCGGGCAAAUGGAAUUACACUUCUGAGAGUGCGUGAAGAAAUUGUUAAGUUGCUUGGAAAGGCUGACAUGUAUUUUUUCAGUCCUGAGCAUCCUCCUUUGACAGAAGAUGCACAGAGAGCUCUUGAUUGGGCUGUUGAUGAGAAGAUCAAAUCUGGCAACGAAGGCGAAAUUACAACCAUCCACUUGCUGCUAGGGGUCUGGUCACAAGAAGAAUCACCUGGUCACAAGAUUUUGGCUGUCUUUGGUUUUAAUGAUGAGAAAGCCAAAGAGCUCAAAUCUGCAAUAUCUGAUCCCAAAUUUACGGAUGAUUAAAGCUUUGGAAUUUUUUGAGUCUGAAUAAUGAUCAUUAGCCAUUUCACGAGAAACCUGAACACAUUAUAUUAAGGACCUAGCCUAUGUUGUUUUUAAUUUUUUAAUUUUUUUCUUUGAGUUGUUUUGGCCUUCGUAGCAUUAGGGGAAGAAAUAGAUAUAAAAUUUUUGAGAGUGCGAUACAUCCUUGUGGAAAAAGGAGGAAAUAACGAAUGUACCUUAUACCAUAUCAUUUAAUGAGCAGAGCAUGUACCCCCAACAUCUAUAACUGGUGAGAGUCAUUCAACUUGAUCUGAUUGAUGCACUUUGGGUUUAAUGGUGGAAAUGGCUGUAUUUUAUCAACAUAUUUCCAAUACAAGUGAAUUUGGAUGGUAGUUGCAUAAGUAGUAAUAUUCCUGUGUGAGCAUUGCCAUUUAGCACCUGCAAAUGAGCUAAUGCUGCAACGAAUUUGUCCCUGGGUUUCAUUGUGCUUGUCCUACUGCAUUGUUGUUCCUUGAUUUCUCAUCUUCUUGGUUGUUGAUAUCCUCAGUUGAGGUCAGCAUCCUUGCCUUACUGGCUUCUUCAUCCCAGUCAAUACGCCAUAUAAAUAUCAGCAACAAAAACAAGCAAAUGAUGCAUCCAACCACGAAGCCAAUCAAUAUUCCAGCAACUCCAAGAUGGAAUUUGAAAGCUAGAAUUGCGGCUACAGGUAAAGCAAAUAAGUAGAAACCUGUUAAAUUUGCAUACAUUGCCAAGUUUGGUCUGGCUGUUCCUCUCACUAUUCCUCCACACACUACCAAGGGAAAGUUGAACACUUCCAUUGUAGCCAUUAUCAGUAGCAUCUUUUUCACAUUCCUUGUGAUUUCCUUUUGUUGGCUAAACAAACUGCCCCAGCUGUUUCGGGCGGCUAUCAUUAUUGACCCGCCAAUGAAGCCUAAAAGUACGCUGGCGCCCAGAGAUAUGUAUGCUGAUCGAUGUGCUGUGCGAGCCUGAUUUGCUCCGAGCUCAUUGGAGACACGGAUGGAAGCAGAUGUCGCCAGCGAGAUCAUGACCGAGUAAAGUAAGUAAUCAAAGUUUACAACAAUUGCUAAAACUCCUAUAGAUUGUUUAGCAUUUGGUAGCCUUGCUGCUAGUAGCAUUAAGAUCUCAUAACACCACCAUUCGAGACAAGUUGUGAGGCAACAAGGACCACAAAGUUUAAGCAGUCUUUUCCAGUCCUGAACUCCUUGCUCCCACCAACCUCCUUCUUUCCACUUUUCUACCUUUCCAUGUUCUGCAACUACUGCAUAGAAAGCAAGGAGAAGAGUGACUAAAAGAUCGCUCAACCAAACCCCCAUUGAAACUCCUUCAAGCCCCUUUGCUUUUGACAGUACUACAUUUACAGGGAUAUGAAACGCUAAUCCAAGAACUGAGCUCAACAUAAUUGGAACCACUUGGUUCUGAGUGCUUAAGUAGGCUUUCAGAGGGUACAAGAUUGACUGUAUUACCAAGUCAGGGAGGAGAAACAACAGGUACCGCUUCACCACGAUGACAAGAUCUUUUUGCUGGCCUAACUGAAUGAGGAUCUUGUCCACAUUAAGCCACAAGAACGAAAUAGGUAUGCUUGCUAAUAAUAACAGGAAGAUCGACAUGACAAGGGUCUUGUGAAGAAGCUUGAAGUUCUUAGCUCCAUAGGCCUGGCCGCAUAUGGGCUCCAUAGCAACAGAGAGGCCACUCAACACCGCGAAACCUGUCACGUUCGCAAAGGUGCCGCCCAGCGUGCCUCCGGCCAAGGAAAGCUCCCCUAGACGCCCGAGAAAUGCAGUUGUGAUGGCAAUCCUGGCAAACCAUGUAAAAUUGGUUACCAACAACGGGAAAGUUAUCAGACGUUGUGCUUUAAGCUCGUUAAGGAUGGAAGUAUAUAUCAAAUGCUUAUCAUUUCUGUUCUCCACCAUCUCUGUUUCCAUAGCUAGGAAACAGUGAGAAGCAGGAAUUUAAACUUGUGGGCAGCUCUUUUGUGGGAUUUGCCUGAAUUUAGUAUUUCUAUCCGAAAUGAUUCAAAAGGUGAAUGAUAUCAUAAUGUAUGAGCUGUGUGUGAGUGCAUGGAUUUCGUGAUGGUGUCGUCUUCUUGAGAGAAAGAUGGCAAAGAAAGCAUGGCAGCUUUAUGACGGGAUGGACGCAGAAUUUUCGCUUAGUGGGAUUUUAUAGUGCGUGAUGAGACUGCCAGUUUUUGCAGCUUUAACGACUUUGGUUACUAGUCCGUUAUAGAUGCUGAUGCGAAUAGAAAUCUUCACUAGGUUCAAGCCGACAUUACCCUUACCAUGAAUAUUUGUCACCCAAUAGUAGUUUUUGAGUUAUCAAUAACGUAAUCUUUUGUAGAAAUAGACGAGACAUCUUUUUAUUACGUUGUAUAUACUUCAGUAAGUAAAGAAAUCAAUUUGGUAAUCCAUCAAUACUACGUGAUGACUUUCUUCGUGAAUCUCACUUAUUUCUCACUCUUUUCUUCUUUGUGAUGCAAAUUGUUGCAGGAAUUGGUGGGACAUUUGAAAAAAGUUUAAGAAGGAGACACCCCUCUCCAAUAAUAGAGGGAAGAUCAGUGUAACCCAUUCUUAAAAGUGUCUUUGUUUGCCUUGCCCUUAGAGUUUCUUAAGGGGCUACAAUUUCCCUCCUUUAGGAUUUGGACUAGCCUUAUUGGGGGAUACUAAUACCAGAUUCUGUUGUUUAUGAUUAGGUAUAUUUCUCUGUUUUUUCAGGACAAUCAUUUUGUAUGGCACAAAGCAAAGUA